ACGAAUUUAAUCCUAAAUCCAUAUUGUACAAGGAUAAUGCUUUUAUUUCUAGGCAUAGCGUUUUUCAUACCACAAAUAGCAACUCUACCUAAUGGAUCUUUUAUGAUGUCUGAAAAUGAUUCUCCCACAACUGCUCCUAAAUUUUUAUCUCGCGGCCACCUAUAUAAGGUCAUUGUAGGUGAAACGAUUGAGUUACCAUGCAAAGUACAAAAUCUGGGUUCAUUUGUGCUUUUAUGGAGGAAAGGAUCUUCUGUAUUAACCGCCGGUCAUCUUAAAAUAACUAGAGAUGCAAGAUUUAAAAUAGUUGGUGACUAUAAUUUGCAAAUCAAUGGAGUAAAAACUCAAGAUGCAGGAGAUUAUAUAUGCCAAUUAGGAGAUCAAGAAAAUAGAGAUCAAGUACAUACAGUGGAAAUUUUAGUGCCACCAACUUUAAGGGCACUACCACACAAUGGGCAAGUUACCGCUCGCAAAGGUAGUACAGUAACAUUAGAAUGUAAAGCAUCGGGAAAUCCAGUACCUACAAUAUAUUGGUUUAAAAAAGAUGUGUUCUCUGGCCCCACGCAUUUAUCUGAUAGUUCCACUUUAAUUUUGGAAAACGUUGAUAGACAUCAUGCGGGUAUAUACCAAUGUUCUGCAGAUAAUGGAGUCAAGGAACGAGUUUCAAUGGAUAUACAAUUAACAAUUUUAUCACCACCUGAAAUAACAGUUGAAAAAUCAUGGGUACAUGCAGCUGAAGGUUAUGAUGUAGAACUUGUUUGUGUAGUCCAUGGAGACGUUAACUCUGAGAUGCUUUGGUAUCAAAAUUCAUUUUUGUUAGAUCCUACUGAUAGACGGUCCAUGUAUCCAAGAGAUGACAGAUACAGUUUAGUAAUAAGAAACUUUCAGCCAUCUGAUUUUGGAAAUUAUAGCUGUGUUGCUGACAAUGCUUUGGGUAGGACCAAAAAGUAUAUUGAAGUAUCAGGAAGACCAGGCCCAGCUGAUUUUAUAUCACCUGCUCUUAGUGGUUAUUUGGAUCAUUACAAUCUAACAUGGACUAUCGAAUCAAUUCCACCUUUGGAAGAAAUCAAACUACUAUACAGACGACUUUUGAUGAAUGAAACCUAUCAGCAUCCAGGAAAAUGGCAUGAUUUUCAUAUUAAACCUACACCAAUCCGUAUUGAUGCCACUCACUUUAUAAUGUCACACGUUAUACGUAAUUUGGAGCAUAAUGCAGUAUACGAAGUGAUUGUACAAGUCAAAAAUAAAUAUGGCUGGAAUGAAAUAAGCGAUAUCCACCAGUUUUAUACGAGAAAUCAUGAUUUACUUCUGGACUUAGACAUGGAAUAUAAAAUGGCAAAUGGAGCAAAUAGCAUAUUGACAGAUUUAUCAUUACUUUUUACCAUUUGUAUUUUUUUAAUUUAAAUUUUUAUGUUAUUCUUUUUGAAUUUGUAAAAUGUGCCUUAUACCUUAAA